AUGUGGCGAAUAGCCUUCAUUCUACUGCAGUACGUUACCGUGACUUCUACGAGAUCUGUAUUCGGCUUUUAUAGCGCCUCAAAACAUGCAGAAAUCAAUGACAAUCAGCCUACACUAGCCCGUCUUGCUCCAACACUGGCACCCGCCGUUGAUAAAGAUGCUUCACUGAACAUCCCGCAUCCAGUCGGCGCCGAUACCGUAACAAGCUUCGGUCUUAAUUCUCAGCAAAAUGUCAUGACCGGACCAUUGGAUCGCGCUGAGAACGACGUUCAGAGCAGGAAAUUGCCUAUUCUAAGAGUUGAGAUGGAUACAGUGAAAUCGCCUGAUCCAUCCCCUCCUGCAGACUUCGACCCCAGCACGGGUAAAAUUCUACCUCAGCGUGAGGUCCUUAGAGGAGCCGAAGUUCUAAGUGAAGAUCGUAAUGGUAAAGGGGUCUCCGAUACUCAAGUCGUUUUUAGCAAUACUUUGACCCAGGUCAAGUUGAUUCCAACAGGAGUAGCACCUAUUACCGUUCCGUCAGUUCCAACAAGUGCAGCAACAACUACCAUACCCGAGAAGAAGAAAGACCUCAUGCAGGAGGUGGUCAAUGGUAGGAAAGAAAGCGUGUUGGAUGAGAAAAGCUUCAUAGAAAGCGGUGGUGUCAUAGAAUUAGUAGAACACGAGGUCGACGAGCUUCCAAGUCCCAAAACCCUACUUGUACAUGACAGGAAGCCGACGAUAAUAAGUAGCAUCUCCUUGGUUGAACUAUCAAAUGGAAGUGCACUAGCGGCAAUGAUAGACAAAGAGACACCACAGCUGGACAGCCCUAUUCACGAUAAAUUCGAGGUCAAGUCCAUUGAGGAUGAGGAUGGCGAGACCUUCAACGAACUUGAUGAAAAGUCCGAAAUCGACUUGGAAUUCCAUGACGACGCUGAUCUUGUCCCAAAAGCAACGACGGAAGUACCUUCGACGUCAUCCUCAACAACACCGGCAACAACGUCGUCAUCCAGUAAAAAAGAAGAGCCCAUGACUGAUGAGGAGAUGUUCGACCUCCUCAUGUAUCUGGUCACAUUGUUGCCACAAGUUGAAAGAAGCCAACCGAGUGUUGUUGAAAAAAACCAGCCAAGUGUAUGGUCCAAGAUAAUAGCAGGUUUACAGUGUGCCCUACGCGAUUGCCGCAGGGCAUUUCCACAUCUCACCACUUCAGCAACGCCCAUCGGCAACGGCACUUUCAUCAUUCGACGAGCGCGAUCCGAAUGCUCUUGUCCGGUUGAUACCGUGAAAAUACGUGGUGAUUCAUAUGAAAUACGUGGUCAGCAGCAGGGUGUGUCGCCAUAA